AUGUUUGCGUAUACGAAACUGAAAAACAUCACAAUAACUAAAAGAAUAAAAUUCAUUGAUGAUUUAGCUUUUUGGGGAUGUCCAGAAUUAGAAGAGUUUAUAUCAGAAAGUCCUUAUUUUAAAACAUAUUGUAAGGCACUAUAUUCAAGAGAUUUAAAAACAUUAAUAGGAUAUCCAUGUAAUUCAUUUGUUGACAUAUUACCAACAACAAAAGUCAUUUCGGGAGUUAAAGGAUUUAGCUCGACAUCUUUUGUUAAAUUUAUAUUUAAUGUUUCAAUAUUAACAUUAGAACGGCAUGCAUUUAGGGAAUGCUAUAGUUUAGAGUUUGUCGACAUGAGUUGUACUAAAAUCAAAUCUCUUGGAGAUGCAACAUUUUAUGAUUGUAGAAAAUUGAAACAAAUUAUUUUGCCCGAAACAUUAACAUCAAUUCAUAGUAAUUUCACAUUCGGUCGUUGUCCAAUUGAUUUGUUGAUUUUACCAAGAUACAUUGUUUCUGCAGAAGGUGCCUUUAGAGAUAGUUUGAUAAAGCAUGUUGCAUAUUGUGGAAUAAAUAAUAUUUCUGGCACACUACCAGAUGAUGUUAUUGUUCAUGUCACAUCUCAAUUUCAAUUCGGAAAAUUUCUAAACCAUUCUAUUUCAUAUAAAGACUUUGUUUGCCCUGCUAUUAAAUGUACAACAUUGAUCACUGAUAUUGAUAUCUUUGCUUGUCCAACUGUUAGUUUUUGUUUUGACCCAAAAAUACUCUUAACAUUGCCAAAUAUUUUAUCUUGUAAUAAUUAA